AUGACAUUAUUUCCAUUGGACUUAGCAGAGUCUCAAAAAGAAACUCUUGUUACUAUAGCUGAUGAAAUCAAACAAUUUGAUUGGGAAGUUGGUGAAUAUCUUUUUCAUGAUUUUAUUGAAUAUUUUCAAUUACCUCAAAUCAUACGUGUAAGUCAACCAUGGGAUACAAAUCUAGUAAAAAAUGAUAUACUCUAUUUACAAUCAAUGUAUGAUCGACAUUUAAUAUUAUCGAAAUCCUUAUUAUCCGAUGAACGAACAUUUAUAUUACCAGAUUGGUUCCAAGGUCAAUGUCGUGUAUUAUCAUCUAAUCCAACAUAUAAAUCUCGUUGGUGGCAAUUUACUAAUGCUAUGGAAUUAUUACGCUUUGAAAUGCCUCGUGAACAUAUUCGAUUACUUCGUGAUACAUCAGCGUUAUUAUUAUUACCAACAAAUCAAACAAUACCCGUUUUAUUAAAAGAAAAUACUGAAGUUACAUUAAAACGUAUUGAAAAAUCAACAACAAUAACAAAUGGAAAAGAAAUGUUUGUAUUAGGUGAUAAAAAUGAUCAAGAAUUUCUUCUUGAUCCAACACAAGCAACAGAUUCAUUUCAUUUUGCUACAAAAAUUCUUGAUGAUGAAUUUGAUAAAUCUUAUCAUAAAAAUACAUCGGAGAAUUUAUUUACAUUACCAGAAAUUAUUAUACGGUAUGAAUUACCACUUGAUAUUGAAAUUGUUUCAUUAGCAGAUACAAUACCAAUUGAAAAUUUUCCAACACAAUUACGCUUGGAAAAAUAUUCUAUUGCUAAAUCAAUUAUUGCUGUUUCUAUUGGUGAUCCUAAUCAACCGAGAAUAUUAGAAUUAUCUUCUCUUACACAAUUUUCUCUACAAUGUGUUACAUGUUUAACAACCGGUCUGCCACGUGAUUCAACUGUUGAUGGAACCACACGCGUAUUUGAUGAAAAUGCAUAUCGACAAUAUGAAAGUGUACGAGAAAAACUUGUACAGUUACUUGAAGAUGCUUCAAUACAAUAUAUGCGUACACCUUUUGUCGGUGAUAAAGAAGAAGUUGAUUGUAUUGCAGAAGUUUAUAAUAUUGGUAUGCAAUUAAAGAGAGAAGAAAAAAAUCAAACAUAUACUGUUAUUGGUGAUGCUGAUAGUACUACUAAUGAAUCAAAUAAUGGUCAACCAUCGAUUAACAAUCAUCCUGCUCGAUUUACAGUCCAUUUACCUGUUGAUUUCAAUAGUCCAUAUAGCAGUAUAAUGGAAGUUAGUGAAGAAGAGGAAGAUGAUCAUGAAGUUCAACCACCAGCAGCAGCAACAGCAGCAACUACUUAA